AUUCAAAUACAUGGCAAAUAUGCACGGAGAUGAGACUGUGGGACGAGAGCUGCUACUCCAUCUAAUCGACUACCUCGUAACCAGACAUGGCAAAGACCUCGAAGUCACAAGUCUAAUCAACAGUACCUGGAUACACAUUAUGCCUUCAAUGAACCCAGAUGGAUUUGAAGCUGUCCGGAAGCCUGACUGUUACUCCAGCAAUGGAAGGGAAAAUUAUAACCAGUAUGAACUGAACAGAAAUUUCCUAGAUGCUUUUGAAUACCAUAAUGUACCAAGACAGCCUGAAACCCUGGCAGUCAUGAAGUGGCUGAAAUCGGAGACGUUUGUCCUCUCUGCAAACCUGCAUGGUGGCGCCUUGGUGGCCAGUUACCCAUUUGAUAAUGGUGUUCCAG